GUCCGAUGGUCUUCCUUGCGUGUGUAAAGUGUUGGCGAUAUCACAUCAUGUUGCCAUUUAUUCUCUUCUCUACGCUGCUUCCUCCCACGUUUGCCAAAUCUGAGCAACAGUGGUUCUGCAACUCCUCCGACACGACUAUUUCCUACACCUACUGCGAUAACAUGAAAUCUUACCCCAUUUUGAUUACUUCUGAACCCUGUAUAACAUUGAAGGGAACCCGCGGAUUUGUAUAUGUUAACUUCAUUCCAAGAAGAGACUUAAAAAAAUUAUACUUCAGCCUCUCCGUUCAUGUCAACUCCGUAAAGAUACCAGUGCGCAAAGAAAUUAUUUGCCAUGGAUAUGAUGAUGAUUAUUCUUUCUGCAGAGCUCUGAAGGGAGAGACUGUGAAUACAAGAGUACCAUUUUCCUUCAAGGGAGUAAUAUUUCCUAAGGGCCGAUACAAGUGCAUUGCGGAAGCCAUUGUAGGGGAUGAUCAAGAAAGGCUGUUCUGUUUCAAUUUUACUAUCGUUCACGGUACUAAUGUCAAGUAGAAUAAACUCAGAAUAUAUAUAUCUUUAUUUUUGGAAAA